AUCUACUACCAUCUCUUCUCUUCACAUAGGAGAAAAGAAGAGCUGAAACUCUCUCUCUCUCUCUCUACACAGAUUGUGAAAAAACCCACAAAUCUAAGAGAAACUAUGAAUAAACAAGAUGUUACGAAGCUUCAGACAUGUGUUCUGAAAGUGAACGUACACUGUGAAGGCUGUAAGCAUAAAGUGAGGAAACAGUUGCAGAAAAUCGAAGGUGUGUACUCUGUAAAAGCAGAUGUGGAACAGGGGAAGGUCACUGUCACAGGAAACGUUGACCCAGCUAUCCUCGUUAAGAAACUGAGCAAAUCAGGGAAACACGCCGAGAUCAUAGGCGGAGGCGGUGGUGGUGGAGGAGGAGGAAAAGGGUUUCCUAAUCUGAAUGGGCAGUUUGGUAAUCUCGGUAUGAAUGGAAAAGGUGGAAAAGAGAGCAACCAAGCUAAGGGGAAACCUAACGGUGGUGGUGGUGGUGGUGGUGGUCAGAAUCAUGGACAUGGAGGUCAACCGAUGCAGUUGACACCACAGCAGAUUCAACAGAUUAUGAUGAUGAAGGCUGCUCAAGCUGGUGGUGGUGGUGGUGGUCAUGGCGGGAAAGAUAUGAAGAUGAUGAUGCCUCCUGUGGCGUCUAAGGAUCAGCAGAAGAAGUCUGUUAAGUUUGCGGAAGAGGAGGACGGUGAGUUCAGUGAUGAUGAUUAUGAUGAUGAGUUCAGUGAGGAUGAUUAUGACGACGAUGAGUUCGAUGAUGAGGAGGACGAUGAUGAUGUGGGAGGACAUGGAGGAGGUGGUGAUCAUCACAUGCCUCCUAACAAGAUGAUGAUGAUGCCUAACAAGAUGAUGCCUCAAAUGGGUGGUGGUGGAGGACCUAAGGGACCUAAUGAGAUGAUGAUGAUGAUGAAUGCUUUCAAAGCCGGGGGUGGCGGUGGCGGUGGAGGAGAGGGGAAGAAAGGUGGCGGUGGGGGGUUUGAGAUACCGGUACAAAUGAAGGGAAUGGGUGAGGGUAAAAUGGGAAAAGAUGGGAAGAAAGGAGGUAAAGGAGGAGGUGAGAAAGGUGAUAAAGAAGGGAAAAAGAGUAAAGGAGGUGGGGACAAAAAUGGAAAAACAGAUGCCAAAAGUGGUGGUGGUGGUGGCCUUCUAGGGUUUUUCAAAAAUGGUAAAAGUGGCAAAGGAGAUGAGAAGAAGAAGGGAGGUGGUAAGAAAGAAGGCGGUGGUGGGGGUGAUAAGGUCAAAUCCUCCGGUGGUGGGGGAGUUCAUCAUUAUGAUAAUGGGCCUAAAAAGGGUGGUGGUGGUGGUGGGUCAAAAGGAGGAGGAGGCCAUGGGUCCCAUGAUAUUGAUGAGCUCAUUAAGCACCACAAAGCAGGCGGAGGAGGAGGAGGUAACAAGGGCAAUCAUAGUGCUAAGGGAAUGGGUGGCCCAAUGGGUCAAGGAGGUCCGAUGGGCAUGAUGGGUCAGGGUGGUAUGAUGGGUCAAGGAGGUCCGAUGGGUAUGAUGGGACAUCAAGGUGGUCAGAUGGGUAUGAUGGGACAUCAAGGCGGCUCUUACCCGCCGGUUCAAGGCUUACCAAUGAGUGGAGGUGGAGGUUAUUACCCACCACAACCUCAGGCAAGUCAUCAAAUGAACCAACAACAGUACAUGCAAAUGAUGAUGCAUCAACAGCAGCAACAACAACAAGCUGCAGCUCAUGGAGGAUACGGUGGUGGUCACGGUGGAGAUAUGUACCAUCCAAUGAUGUACUCUCGUCCUUAUCCGGCAGUGAACUAUGCUCAUCCACCGCCAAUGCCGCCUCCACAUUCGGAUUCUUAUACUCAUAUGUUCAGCGAUGAGAAUCCAGGUAGUUGUAGUAUAAUGUGAUCGUAUCUAAUUUUAUAAUUAGAGAAAAAAACGGAUAUGAAUAUGUUUGUCUUAGAAGUAUUUAUGUUUUUUUUUUUGGGAAUGUCCUUUUCUUUUAAAAACUCUCUUGAGGAUUGGAAACAAAAUGUGCUUUAAUUUUGUUAGUGGAAUGAUGUUUAUAAUA